AGCCAUAAUUAUCAAUUGGACGAGAGGGUGGCGUCGUCUUGUGUGGAAAAAAGUAAAGUUGUAAAACAUUUAAACUUUUUGUUUUAUUAAAUACUUUAACAACAAUGGUACAUAAAGACUCACAAUCAACAACGCUUUUAAUGCAGUGUGAAAGUGAAGAUUUGUCUUUGCAACAGAAAGCUGCAUAUGAAAAGGCUGUUGAAAAUUACGAAGAAAUGCGGAAUUCGUUGAAUGAUUUCUUUGUGAAAAAUGGAGUUGAAAAAAUUUACACCGGUAACAUGUUUACCGCUUACCAAAUUGUAGGUGCUACUCCAGAUCAUGAUUUAGCUUUUGCAAAAGAAUUAACAUCAUUGGUCUCCGUACCACCGAAACCCAAAUUACCAAAGGGUUACAAAAAACAUUCGGAAACUCCCCCACAAGAAGAAGAAGAUGACGAUGAUGAUUAUGUCCCACUUUCAAAAAGACUCAAACAAAAGCACAAAGAAAAGUCAAAAAGUGUUAGCAAAUCAAAAUCACAAUCGAACGUCAGGCCUUCAGAAAAUUCUGCAAUCGGUGGAUUGCAAAUUGGUGUGGGUGAUUUAAAGAAAAAAGAGCCUUCAGCAAUAGUUGAUCUGACAAAAGAUGAUAACAAUCCCAAACCAACAGCAGAUAGUCGGGAAGUAACGUUUAGUAAAUUACAAGGAAAAACUUUUCCAUCGUUGGUAGUAGUUGCACGCCCCUCUUUACGUUCAAAAGAUGGAUCUUUGAACACGGAUCGACCACAAUUAGAUGCAAAAGUUAAAACAGUAUUGAUGCACACACCUAAUAAAUUUACGGAAUGGUUGAUUCAACAGGGUCUUGUAAAAUCUGAACAAACUUGUAAUAUUCAUUCAGGACAGUCCCUAAAAUUGGGAAUGUAUUCAGAUGCCACUAAAUUCCCGUAUUCAGGUGGAUAUGUAUGGAUAUCGGAAUGUUGUCCAAACCGUUUUGUUUCUGUGUUUAACGGAUCUAUAUUUGAAGGAGCUCCUCAUCCUCCAUCCGUUUUGCUAAAACUUUUGUAUCAUUGGACUUGCCAAACGAAUGUACAGAAUGUUAUUCAAUGGGUGAAAGUUGACAACUUGUACGUGAAGAGCUUUUAUACCUGGAUAAGAGCAGUUUGUACGGUGGCGUUACACAAACAUGGAAAAAUAUUGUUAGGAGGCUCGGGGAAAAAAAUUGAAGUUGGUGUUAUUAGUUUAGGAACUACAACUCAAGAUGGACAGCAACGUCAAGUAAAAGUAGAAGUACUUGGAGUAUUAGAUCCAGAAACAAAACAAUUACGAUUAAGAGCAAUCGAGCCACUUACUGACGGUGAAAGAAAUUACAAAAAAAGAUUUGCAAAAAUUUUGGAGCCAUUAACGAGUUGGGUCAACAAAGAGAGUACUAUAUUGACAGAUUUAACUGUAGAUAAAGGUACAUUGAAUGGCAUGGGUUACAAAUAUGUAACGCAAAUUUCACCUACCGAAGCAAAUUCUAGGAACAGCAAUGCAAAUAUUAUGGACUAUUUAAGACGAAUUGUUCCACGCAUGUUUCAGAAUACACUGUCAUUGCUUUCGCGUCAAAUAAUUCAAUCAUUCUUAGAUGAACUAGUUUACCGCGAAUGGUUUGGUACUACACAGGGACAAGCUUUUGAUAAUAUUGUGUUACAUUUAUCCGAACAAACGAGAUUUGAUUCAAAAGAAAAUUUAAUAACCCGUCUUAAUAAAGUAUCUUCGAAUCCAUUUAAGGACUACAGUGGUUUCGCAGUUGCAUCGGGAGGAGCCAAGCGAAUGAGCAAACGACGUUAAUUGUCAAAACUUUUUUCUGAAGAUAAUAAAUGAUUAGUAAUAUUUAUACAUGCAGAUA